AUGCUGGGUAAUGCAAAACUGACUUACGAUGAGAUGCGAACAUGUUUAGCAGCCGCAGCCCACACAAUUAAUGGACGACCACUCACCGCCGUGAGUGAAGAUUUGCAAGAUCUUACCCCGUUGACACCGGACAUGUUUAGAAGAGGACUUCCGAUGGGAGGAUUUCCGGAGGGCGAUAGAUUCGACAUCAAAGACCAGAAUUUGCGCGAGCGAAUGAAGAUGAUGUCGGCCCUGAAGAAACAAUUUAAUGACCGCUUCAGGAAGGAGUACCUCUCACAAUUGGUUAUGCGGGUCAAGAGGAAGAUGACAGAACCACCCAAAGUUGACGACAUUGUUUUAAUCGGAGCUGACAAUGUCAAACGUAUCAUGUGGCCGAUGGGGAGGAUUAUCGAGCUAAUUCCUGGAAAAGAUGGAGAAAUCAGAGUAGCCAAGAUCCGAACAGCCGGAGGAAUACUCACCCGUCCCCUGCAACGCCUUUACCCUCUUGAAGUUAACAAGAAAGAAGACUUACCAGAGAUCACACCUAAAAUGAAAGAAGUAAUUCAAGAGGCGAGAGAUCAUAAUAUCAUUGAGAAAGAAGACUACGCUUCUGAGGAAGAAAAGGAUGGCGUCGCUUCCUCAUUUGGACGCAAAAUUAGGAAACCUCACCGUUAUAGGGAAUAUAAGUAA